AUGUCCACAGCACACAAAAUCGCAAUCCUGCUCAUAUUCCUCUCCCACUGUCUUUGUAUCAUAAGAAGUGACCCAGACGUGACUUUUGUGAGCAAGUUAGGCAAUGUGGCGCGGUACUGGGAUUGGGACGAUUUUGCCAACGCAUUCUACGUUGUCCUGCAGGAUCUGAGGUCCAACACUGCGGGAAAUGGGUUCAACAAGUACACCCAUUAUGCUAACAACCGUGCCGAGUGCUUUGGCCACGGUGCGUGCAACGGUGCGCUAACGCAAGCAGACUGUACUGGCUGCAUGGCUUCCGCCUACGAUGAAAUCCAGAGAGAGUGCCCACGUAGUAUCGGCACACAACUUCAGCUUCAGGACUGUAGACUUAGAAGCAACCCGGAGGUGACUUUUGUGGACAAGUUACGCAAUGAGGCGCAGUUCUGGUAUUGGGACGCUUAUGACAACGCAUUCUACGCUGUCCUAGAGGACCUGAGGUCCAACACCGCGGGAAAUGGGUUCAACUACUACACCCAGUCUUCUGUGAACAGUGCCAAGUGCUUUGGCCACGGUGUGUGCAACGGUGCGCUGACACAAGCCGACCGUACUAGCUGCAUGGGUUCCGCCUACGAUGAAGUCCAGAGAGAGUGCCCACGUAGUAUCGGCGCACAACUUCAGCUUCACGACUCUAGACUUAGGUACGAGCAAUAUUCCUUCACGGAAUAA